AUGAUAAUCCUCCUACGGUUAGAUGAAAAUGGCAAUGGCGUUGUACAACAGCCGGCGGGUGGGAACAUCAAUAAUGCCGGUAACGGCGCCGGCCCACAGCUGGGUGAGAAUGCCGUUAUUGCCGGAAAUGAUGUCGUCCAACAACCGCCGGGUGGGAACAAUAAUGCCGGUAACGGCGCCGGACAACAGCUGGGUGAGAAUGCCGUUAUUGCCGGCAAUGAUGUCGUCCAAAAACCGCCGGGUGGGAACAAUAAUGCCGGUAACGGCGCCGGCCCACAGCUGGGUGAGAACGCCGUUAUUGCCGCUGACGUCGUCCAACAACCGCCGGGUGGGAACAAUAAUGCCGGUAACGGCGCCGGCCCACAGCUGGGUGAGAAUGCCGUUAUUGCCGGCAAUGAUGUCGUCCAACAACCGCCGAGUGGGAACAAUAAUGCCGGUAACGGCGCCGGACAACAGCUGGGUGAGAACGCCGUUAUUGCCGCUGACGUCGUCCAACAACCGCCGGGUGGGAACAAUAAUACCGGUAACGGCGCCGGCCCACAGCUAAGUGAGAAUGCCGUUAUUGCCGGCAAUGAUGUCGUCCAACAAUUGCCGGGUGGGAACAAUAAUGCCGGUAACGGCGCCGGACAACAGCUGGGUGAGAACGCCGUUAUUGCCGCUGACGUCGUCCAACAGCCGCCGGGUGGGAACAAUAAUGCCGGUAAUGAAGUAAACAGACGUGGUGAUUAUAAUGUUUAUUAA